AUGUUCGGUUUAGGUGGAGCAGCUCCUCAAGUAUCAUCCCAGCAAAAGUUACAAGCCGCUGAGGCGGAAUUAGACAUGGUUACUGGCAUGUUCAACCAAUUGGUUUCCCAGUGUCACAACAAGUGUAUCAACAAGUCAUAUAGCGAGUCGGACGUUAACAAGCAAGAAGCACUUUGUUUGGACAGAUGUGUCUCCAAGUACUUCGAAACCAACGUCCAAGUCGGUGAGAACAUGCAAAAGCUCGGCCAAUCUGGUGCCUUCAUGGGUAGACAAUAA